ACUGAAAAGCUGGGUAGUGAGACAAAUACGUGACGUUGCAGGAAAGGAUGACGUUUUACUAGAAAUAAAGGACUAAGCUUGGGUUUAUUUUGCCAGAAACGUUUAAAGCAUCGUGAAAAUAAUAAGUAAAUAUUUUUAGAGUUGGUAAAAACCUCGACUCAGCAAAAUUAUGACUCAAGGAAAGUUGAAGAUUCAAGUUGCAACAGUUGAACAACCAAAUGGAAAUUGUCCCACGACGGACAACACGACCUCUAGCGGGGAGAAAGAGGAUGCAGAUUUUGAUCCAUGGGUUUUACCCGAGUUGAAGGACGAUGGGGUCAAAUGGUCAGAACUGACUACUUGUCGGAAGAUCUUACGAGUUACCUUGUCGAUUUUAAAGAUUGCAAUUCUUCUACUUCUCUUGUACAUAUUCGUCUGUUCCCUGGAUUUUCUCAGCUCGGCGUUUCGUCUGAUUGGCGGGAAAGCCGCUGGAGGGGUGUUAUCAAAAAACGAAUUGCUCUCCAACCCAGUAGUGGGCCUGAUGAUUGGAGUUCUUGUUACAGUCUUGGUUCAGAGUUCGUCGACAUCUACUUCUAUCGUCAUAACUAUGGUUGGAGCUGAGUUAAUUUCUGUGAGGAACGCCAUACCUAUUGUAAUGGGAGCCAACAUUGGCACGUCUGUUACCAACACCAUAGUGUCCUUGAUGCAAGCGUCCGAAAGAAAUGAAUUCCGUAGGGCAUUCGCCGCUGCUACUGUUCAUGAUAUGUUCAACUGGUUGACUGUCAUCGUCUUGCUUCCUAUAGAGGAAGGGACAGGGUACCUAUUUCGUCUGACUGAAGCAAUCUUGAGUACCGGCAAUUGGGAGCAGAAUGAACAUGCCGAAAAAGACUUUUUGAAGAAAUUAACAAAACCUUUGACAAAAAAAAUUAUACAGCUGGAUAAAAGCGUAAUCACAGCUAUAGCUAAACAGGAUGAAUCGGCAAUGAACAUGUCUCUCGUCAAACGUUGUUGUAAAAAAAACGGAACUGAAUGCAUAAAAAAUUGCGAGUUCCUGUUGCAAGGGUUGGACUGGAGUGAUUCACUGAUAGGUGUCCUGAUGUUGGUAUUGUCUCUCAUCAUUCUGUGCGCUUGUCUCAUGAUGUUAGUUAAACUACUUCAUACGAUGUUGAAGGGGCGGAUAGCCGUUAUCAUCAAAAAGACAGUCAACGCAAACCCACGUUUUCCUUUCUCGGAAUUAAUGGGAUACUUGGCCAUCCUAAUCGGCGCAGCUAUAACUGUAUUGGUUCAGAGCUCGUCUAUUUUUACAUCAGCCUUGACUCCUCUGGCAGGCCUUGGAGUUAUCUCGCUGGAAAGGAUGUAUCCUUUAACUCUUGGGUCUAACAUUGGAACAACAGCUACUGGCAUGCUAGCGGCUCUAGCUGCGGACAAAAAACAUAUUGCGGAAACACUACAACUUGCCCUGUGUCACUUAUUCUUUAAUAUCAGCGGCAUCAUACUGUUUUUCCCAUUGCCUUUCCUUCGAUUCCCUAUCAGAUUAGCUAAGAUCCUGGGCAACACCACCGCGAAAUACCGGUGGUUUUCAAUGUUUUAUUUGUUUAUGAUGUUUUUGAUUCUCCCCGGGAUCGUGUUCGGGUUGUCUGCAGCUGGCACUACAGUUUUGUUGGCGGUUGGUAUUCCGAUCCUUAUAAUCGGUUUUCUCGUUGUCGUCAUUAACAUUAUUCAGAGGAAGAAGCCGACCCUGCUGCCUAAGGUAUUACGCGACUGGAACUGGUUACCUGAAUGUCUGCAUUCCCUAGACCCGAUCGACCGACUCAUAAGCCGAAUGUUGACCGUGUGUAGUUGCUGCAGAGCUUGUUGUCAAACAAAUAACUCAGCCCCAGGUGACAAAGGACCUAUCUCCUCCUCGUCCGAAAUGAAUAUUCUUGACUCGCAUACCCGUGUUUCUCCCUCUAAUGGUGUUGAGAACAAAGCGUUUAAUGAAGAAUUAAAAACGCCUGUUAUUGAAAGCAAGCAUAUGUAGAUCUCGGGGUUUAUUCUGUGUUAAAUGUCACGGUGAUUUCUAUAUAUAUAUAUAUAUAUAUAUAUAUGUGUGUGUGUGUGUUAUCUGUGUGUUUUAUACAAGGGGUUACAAGUCUACCGACAAAAAAAAGUGCCUCUAGACAUUGCAGUCGUGUGCUAGGUUUUCAUUCGUGCAAGAACACGUACAAUGAGUUGCACAAAAAGUGAGAACGCAUUGUUUACAUAGAAACUAGUCGUGGUGAGAAAUAGUGCGUGCUUCGGAAUAAGAAAUGAGUUAUUAUUUCACACUCUCCAGUUUUAUGUUGUUUCAGCGCUCUUUGUUGUUCACAUUUUAAUAUUCUGGCUGCUCGUUUUUUAUCCUUUGCUGUGUAUUAUACACCAAUUUAUGUUAAUACUUGCAGAAUAAACCGGAGUAACUACGGUAAAAUUUUCUGAGUUUAGACACCAUUCGAAAGCUAUAAACAAAUGUCUAAACGUACUAAAACAAAACGAAAAGUUGUGUUCACAAACAGUAGGAACCUUAGAAAUAGUGUAUUAAGACUUGUAGGUCUUGCUGGGAGAACUUACUUUUGAAACAUCAUACACAUAACUGAAUGUUUAAAUUUCAAUGUUUAACAUUAAAUUUUAAUGUUUAAUUACGUUGCCUUACAUCAUGAAAGGCUUGUUUCUUCUCCCUAAUUACGUUGCCUUACAUCAUGAAAGGCUUGUUUCUUCUCCCUAAUUACGUUGCCUUACAUCAUGAAAGACUUGUUUCUUCUCCUUAAUUACGUUGCAUUAUAACUGUUGUUUUCUCGUUUAAUUUCAACUAGGUUUGUCUUCUUAAAAUUAUAAUGCCAUGCUUUUGCAAUAUGCAAUAUAGACACAAUAGAAACGUGAUUGCAUUUGGAAUAAUUUUUACAAGAGAACUUCGCGAAUCUUUGAGGAAGGUGUGAUCAGAAAAUGUGUACAGAAAAUUAAUUUGAUUAUUGAUUGUGACUAGUAUUUUUAUGCUGAGAUGAAAAUGUAUAUUUUUUAUGUACAUAUACAACAAUUAUUUGGUUUAUUAUUUGUAUGAUUACUUAAGAUAAACUUCUUUACACAUGCGUAGUUAUUAAUAAAAGACAUAGAAUGAUUCCGAUAAACA